UCGUGGUGUUUAAUGGCGGCUGGCAAACGACGUUAUAAAUAAUUAAAGUCUCCGAGGUGUUUUAACUUCAUUUCAAAGAGUCUGCUGCCUCCGGUUCACCGUUUUUCGGAAUGUUUUACCGCUGACUCAUCUCCCGGUAGCCUACAAAGCUGAUUGUGUGAAAAUGUGUAAAGUCCAAAUGCUGAGAGCGUUGGUGAAGCAGCGACUAACUGCGGCUGCUGAAGAGAUAUUUGGGCUGUUUGAAAGAACGAUAGCAGAGUACGAGGAGGAACUUUGUCGUUCAAAAGAGGAGAACGAGCGACAACGGAAACUACUGGACGCUGUUUUCAACCCUCAACUUCGGUUACACAGAGCAGACGUCCAGCAGCUGUCGGUGAUUAAAGAAGAGGUUCCCCCUGAGCAGCAGCAGGAGUGGAGACCCAGUCUGGACCAGGAGGACCCAGAGCCCCCACACUUUAAAGAGGAACAGGAGGAAGUCAGGACCAGUCAGGAGGGAGAGCAGCUUCAAGGGUUUACAUUCACUCCUGUCCCUGUGAAGAGUGAAGAUGAUGAUGAUGAAGAGAAACCUCAGUCCUCACAGCUUCCUCAAAGACAAACUGAACAGAUGGAAACAGAUGAUGGAGAGGACUGUGGAGGACCAGAACCGGCCAGAAACUCAGAUGAACAUUCACAACCUGAUACGGAUGGGCCUGCACUCCAGUCUCCAUCUGCUGUGCCUCCACUCCAGUCUACAUCAGCGGUGCCUCCACUCCAGUCUCUAUCUGCUGUGCCUCCACUCCAGUCUCUAUCUGCUGUGCCUCCACUCCAGUCUCUAUCUGCAGUGACUCUCCAGCCUACACCAGUGGGCUCUUUGCAGCAAGUUGCUGUGGAUCAGCAUAACAUACCAGGAAUGGACCGUGUGGACGAAUUGGCAGAGUACCUGGUAGAGCUGCGUACACAGACGGGCCUAACACUGACCAACCAGCAGGCCAGCACCAUUGUGGGUCUGUGGCAGAACCUGGAUCAAUUUGACAAGGACAGGGUUGUGUAUGCUGCUCGGCAUCAGGACAGGUUGUUGACUGGCCGCUUUAGGUCCCCCAAAAAGAAGGCAGUUUUCACUCCUGGUGUUGAGAGCACAAAGAGGUGUGUUCUGGGUUCAAACAGCUCGCCUGUUCAGUGGCCUAACUGCUGCCGUCUUGUUGAGACUGUAUUUGUGAGGCUGUGCAACAUUCACACAAGCCCCCAAAAAAUGGGACAGCACAGCAUGUCAAGAUGGUCUCUUAUUCUGCAGGACUACAAAAAAAUUAGGCAGCUGAUUUUGUACAAUGGCAUAAUAAUGCAGCAAACCCCCAUUCAACUGGUUGAGGUAAACCAGACCACGCUCACCCAGUGGCAUAACCAACGGCUGAAGGGUCAGGAGGUCUCUGUGCUUCUGCAAGGGGUGCAACUGCCUGAGGCACGGCCGGUGGCAUGUAUACCACUGCAACCUGCGAAGACACAGCCUGAGUUUCCUCCACAAUAUCAACAUCAGCUGCACACAUACCACAUGCCACCCAACACAGCUGGUCAGGCAAAAACCAGGUUUCGGCGGAUCAAGCCUUCAGUUACCUCCACAGAGCCAUCACUCCCCCGCCUUCAGUCUCAUUCCACCCAGAUCCCUCCAUCAACUCCUUCAGUGCAGCUUCCAGGUACCUCAGCUCUGUCAGGCGCAAAAUCAAGGCUUAUUCAUCCCAAGUCAACAGCAGCACAGCCACAGCUGUUUGUUGUAACUGGUGUCAUGCCGCAGUUGUUGACGCCGCCCAGUCCUAUCCUUGGACUUGCAACCACCAGCACUACCUCUGACAGCCCUUCCAGUGACAAAUCUGCGCAAGUAAAACGCAAAUACAAUCGGACGGUCACAUCUAAUACUUGCAGGAAUUGCAGACAGUUUCGCACACAAGAGACUGGCCAUAGCCAAUACAAGGGCAAAAUAUAUUGCCCAAACACUGAGACUGUCAGCAAAGAACAGUGGCUGGAGCGGAUGAGAAAGUAAUUAAAACCGCUGAACUCAUGAUACAUUUCCCUGUUCUUGGUCUUAUGUUUGCCUAUGAUGAUUCUUAUGUGUAGUGUUUUAAUAGGCAUACUAAAGUUUUAAAGUUUGAUAUUAAUGUGAAUAUUUUGUGCUGAAAUUCAUUAGUCAAUCAACAUAAAAGUGACUGAAAAUGUUCAUGAUCAAUCAAUCAUUAAAAAAGAAUUCCAAGUAA